UGAAUACAGGCUGUUAUUAAAACUGAAUUUUUUGGUAGCGAAUUAGUAACGAUCACAUUUCCGUCACUAAUUUUAGUUCCUAAUUUGCAAAUAUGGUGUAGUGGCAUGUUCUGGGGUUAUCAUGUACUGUUCGUUUGAGUAUCCGGAUCAACGUUUUGUUAGUGUUUUCGUCAUAUCCAUUCCUUUGAGUAUAAUAGGGGAUAAAGAAAAUUUAUCUGGCAUCGUAUACUUGAAGUAAAUCCCUUACGUGUUGAAGUAGUUGAGUAGUCAAGUCUUAGCAGUAAUAAACCCUAUUUUUCAGGGUGUAAUUGGUUGAUUUAUUCUUUCUGUUAGGUUACCAGUAGCAUCACUACUAAGUCAUGGUUGUUAUGAUCCUACUUUAUAGUUCUUGUACGGCUAUAUAUAGCCAUCUUUGUUUUCCUAUGAAUAAUAAGAAAUACUGACUUUUCUUAUACUUUCUGGUCUCUAGAUUUGGUAUCGAGAGCCAACUCGAGCUGGUGUGCGAGAAAACAACAGUCUUUCUCUUGUGUGUGAGAAACAACAUCUUUUCAGUGGGUUAUUUGAGUAAAAAUACUUUGCAGAGAGUGAUUUGAGUGAGGAAUUGAGAGAAUGGCAACAAAGAGCAACUUUGUUCAACCAUCAAUUUCAAAGUUUGAUGGUUUUAUGAUCAUGGGUCUAUGUUGAUGGAGAACUUUCUUAGAUUAAAAGGAUAUUGGGGUAUCGUGGAAGAAGGGAUUCCAACUGUAGCAACGGGAGGGAAAAAAACAGAAGCACGAUUGAAGGAAAUCAAUUAUGCAAAGCUAAAAGAUUUGAAGGCGAAGAAUUACUUGUUUCAGGCUAUUGAUCGAACUGUCUUGCAGGAAAGGUGAGCGAAGAAGAUGUUGUUGAGAAAAUAUUAAGAUCAAUGACUCCUAACUUUUCUUAUGUGGUUUGUUCAAUUGAGGAAUCAAAAGAUCUUAGCACUCUUUCAAUUGAUGAGCUUCAAAGCAAUCUACUGGUUCAUGAACAACGCAUCAAUGCUCAUGUUGAGGAACAAGCCUUGAAAGUUACAUAUGGUGAAUCUUCAAGAGGAAGAGGACGUGGUGGAUUUCGAGGAUGAGGCAGUGGAAGUGGGAGUUACAACUUCGAUAAGUCUACAAUCGAGUAUUUUGGGUGUCACAAACUUGGACACUUUCAGUAUGAAUGUCCAAACAAACCUGAAGAGAAAGCACACUAUGUGGAAACAUGAGAAGAGAUGUUGUUGAUGUCCUAUACAGAUGAAGAAGUGAAAUAACAUGAUGAAGUAUGUCUGUGGUAUCUCGACUCCGGCUGCAACAACCAUAUGUGUGGCAAAAGAGAGAUGUUCUCAACCAUGGAUGAGAAUUUCAGAGAGACAGUGAAGCUGGGUGACAAUUCGAAGAUGCAGGUGAAGGGAAAAGGGAGUGUUUUAAUGAUGGUGAAUGGUAUAUCUCAAGUUGUCCCAUGCGUGCUCUAUGUUCCAUAUUUAACAAACAAUCUUUUGAGCAUUGGACAGCUUGCUAAGGGCUUGAGAAUUGUUAUUGAAAGAGGAAGGUGCGAUAUAUAUCAUCCACAGGGGGGUUUGAUCUCAGAGAUUACAGUGUCUACUAAUCAGAUGUUCAAACUAUUUGCAAACGUAAGACGAAAGGAGCAGAUGUGUUUCUCUAUUACUGAAGAUAUACCUCAGAUGUGGCAUCGUCGAAUGGUCACUUGAAUCUCAAAGGGAUGAGAACACUUCAACAAAAGGGAUUGGUGAAUGGAUUUCCUUUACAUGGAGCCAUGACAAGGGUGUGUUAAAUGUGUUUACUUGGUAAGCAACACAGAUUACCAUCCCAGCUGAAACCACAUGAAGAGCAACUCCAGUUAUGCAACUCAUCCAUGUUGAUAUAUGCGGGCCUAUCAAACCUAUGUCCAACGAUGGAAAGAGCGACAAUGGCAUACAAAGACAGUUGACAACUGCAUACACUCCACAACAAGACGGUUUUGCAAAGAGGAAGAAUCGAACUAUCAUGAAUAUGUUUCAUAGCUUCCUUGUGGAGAAACACAUUCCAAAUACCUUUUGGGCAGAAGCUGUAAACUGGGAAAUUCAUGUGCUGAAUAGAAGUCCAACACUUGCCGUGAAGAACAAGACUCCCGAAGAAGCUUGGAGUGGUGUUAAACCAUCAGUCAUCACUUUAGAGUUUUCGGCUGCAUCUCACAUGUUCAUGUACCUGACAGUAGGCGCACCAAACUUAACAACAAUUAUGUGAAAUGUGUACUUCUCGGAGUCAGUGAAGAAUCAAAGGCUUAUCGAAUGUAUGAACCCAUCUCGCAAAGGAUAAUAGUGAGUCGAGAUGUUGUAUUUGAAGAAGAUAGUAGCUUACAGUGGGAUAAAGAGUUUGAGAAAUCUACUCUUGUUGAUCUAGAAUGGGAAGAAGAAGAUGACACAGUUGUUUCAGCUAAUGGAGAUGCGACAAUUGAAGUCCUUGAUCAAUCUGCUGCCGUAGUAAAUCAACCUGCUGAUACUACACCUGAAACCAUCUCAAGCAGUGAUGUUUCAAUCUCCAAUGAUAGUUCUCCAUCCCCAAUUGCUCAAAGACGAGAAAGAAGACAGCCUGCAUGGAUGAAAGACUACACAAGUGGAGAGGGGCUAUCAGAGAAAAAAGAAGAUGCAUCAUUCCUUGCAAUGAUGGCCACCUCAACAGAUCCUGUUCACUUUGAAGAUGAUGUGAGAAGCGCAUCAUGGAGGACAACAAUGGAUGCUGAAAUUGCAGCGAUUGAGAAGAACAAUACUAGGGAAUUAACUAAUCUACCUGAUGGUGCAAAGAAGGUCGGGGUGAAUGGUUCUAUAAGACAAAACUCAAUGAACAUGGUGAAGUUGAAAAUCUUAAAUCUCGAUCGGUGGCAAAGGGAUACACUCAAGAGUAUGGUGUAGAUUACACUGAGGUAUUUGCACCAGUAGCUUGAUUAGAGACAGUUCGACUGGUUAUCUCUCUUGCUGCUCAAAAGGAAUGGAGUAUAUACCAACUUGAUGUCAAGUAUGCCUUCCUUCAUGGUGAACUCAGUGAAGAAGUGUUUGUUGCUCAUCCACAUGGUUACAAAAUACAAUGAGCAGAAUAUAAGGUAUACAAGUUGAAGAAGGCUCUAUAUGGAUUAAAACAAGCUCCACGAGCUUGGUACAGUCGCAUUGAGUCUUACUUUGCUAAAGAAGGAUUUCUGAGGUGCCCUUAUGAACACACACUCUUUAUCAAAGUGGGAGAGGCAGGUACAAUUUUCAUUGUAUGUAUUUGUGUUGAUGAUCUUAUAUUCACUGGCAAUGAUGAGAAGCUGUUUGAUGAGUUUAAGAACUCUAUGAUGCAAGAGUUUGACAGGAAAGACCUUAGAAGAAUGAGUUAUUUACUUGGUAUAGAAGUAAUGCGGAAAACUGGUGGGUAUUUCAUCUGUCAAAAGAAGUAUACUGAAGAAAUACAAGAGAAGUUUGGUAUGACUGGUUGUAAUUCAGUCCAUAACCCAAUUGUUCCAGGUUCUUAACUCAACAAGGAUGAGAAUGGAGUAAGGGUGGAUAUCUGUCAAUACAAACAACUGAUUGGGAGUCUCAUGUACUUAACAACAACAAGGCUUGACAUCGUGUUCGUGGUAAUUCGCUUGAGCAGAUUCAUGGACUGCCCUACAUAACUUCACUAUAAUGCAGCAAAAAGGGUGUUACAUUAUUUGAAAGGAACACUCGAUUUUGGGAUUCUCUACUGAAAGGGAGGAGAUGAGAAGCUGGAGAGUUACACGGACAGUGAUUAUGCAAGUGAUGUAGAUGACCGCAAGAGCACAUCAGGUUAUGUUUUUUUAACGAGUUCUGGUGUUGUGUCUUGGUUAUCAAAGAAGCAUGUCAUAGUUACACUGUCAACAACUGAAGCAGAAUUUGUUGCAGCUGCUUCAACUGCAACACAAGCAGUCUGGUUACGAAGUAUUUUGGAGUAUUUGAAUCAAGCACAAAGUGGUGAGCAUACAAUUAUUCUCUUGUGAUAACAGUUCAACCAUUGCUUUGUCGAAAAAUCCAGUUAUACAUGGUCGUUGCAAGCAUAUAAAUGUCAGAUUUCAUUUUCUUUGUGAUCUCACAAAUGAUGGAGUUAUCAAGCUAGUUCAUUGUCCCAGUCAAGAUCGAAUUACAUAUAUAAUGCAGAAGCCACUGAAGUUGAAUGCUUUGUAAGGCUUAGAGGUCUGAUGGGAAUGCAUUCAGAAUCUGUGCUAAAUUGAGUUCCAGGUUUCAGUUUAAGGGAGGAAAUGUUGAAGUUGUUGAGUAGUCGAGUCUUUAGCAGUUAUAAACCUUAUUUUUCAGGGUGUAGUUGGUUGAUUUAUUCUUUCUGUUAGGUUACCAGUAGCACCACUACUGAGUCAUGGUUGUUAUGAUCCUACUUUCUAGUUCUUGUACGACUAUAUAUAGCCAUCUUUAUUUUCCUCUGAAUAAUAAGAAAUACAGACUUUUCUAUGACUAUAGAUGCCGACGUACCAA